AUGGACUGUGGGGACCUGGAGCACGACAAGAGCCCAUCCCCAUCGGUUUCCCGCCCCACAUCCCAGGGUUGGGAUUCUCCCAAAUCCCUGGACCGUGGGGAGCUGGAGGUUCCCAGCCCGUCCCUCCGGAGCCGCCCGGUGACGCGGAGCAUGGGCCAGGGGGACACCAUGGAAGUGCCAUCCAGCCCCAUCCGCAGGGCCAAGCGGGCCCGGCUCUGCUCCUCCGGCACCUCGGACACUUCCACGAGGAGCUUCUUCCACCCCAGCUCCCAGCACCGGGAUUGGUGUCCCUGGGUGAGCUGCAGGGAGGGACAGGAUUCCCUGGAGGAGGCUGCAUCCCACGGGGAAAAGCCCGGGAAGGUGGAGCCGGGCUGGAAAAUGGUGCUGGACGCCCUGCUGGGCACCCGGAGGGGCGACGCCGUGCCCGACACAGAGCCGGUGGUGAGCCUG